AUGGCCUCAUCAUUUCAAGUGAAAAGCAGAAAACAGCAAAUGAAAGCAAACAGAGCUGGUCUUGGAGUUCAUGCAACAGAUAAUCAAGAAGGGAAGAUGGAACUAUACAUGCUGUCACUUGCUGUGCUAUGUGUGAGUGAGAGUUCAGUAUCUGGCAGUGUGACUGCUGCACCAGAAACAAUCAAGCUCUGGUUGCCAUCCCAGAUUAGCAGGACUGCACCUUGCAACAGCUGCCUUCAGGCCAUCAAAUGGAAGCUGCAGUAUGCACAAGACUUAUUAUGGGGAGAAACAGAGGGAACAAGAAAGUUGUUGUGGAUUUGGAAUAUGCAGGGAGCAGCUGCCAACAACAUAGACAAGGACAAUGCCUCAGAAGACAUGCAAAUAGAAUGGUGCAAAGCCAGGGCACAGACCAACUGGACCAACACCUUGGCACUGGUGGACACAUUUGACCACAACUCACUUAUUGCUCAGCAAGACAUGGACAUGGACACAUAG